UAAUCUCUUCGAUCCCAUAACCCAACUCUCUCACAUAACAAACAAAAAUUCUAAACACAAAACAAAAUGGACUCGAGAACAUCAUUUCUCACAUUUCUCCUCUGUAUAUUCCUUUUCUCUCACUUCCCCCCCUCAAACUCCAAACCUGUCACAAACGGCCCUUUAUCAUUCUCUUCGUCGGCGAGUUUGCCCACUCUCACGGCGGAGAGGUUAAUCAAAGGUUUCAACUUGAUGCCUACCCGUGACGUCAAUGUCAUCCCUGAAGACGGUUCCGAGGCUCCCAGACUCGUCGAGAGAAACUUUGAUUUGCCGGCGGCCAUUGACCGCCGUGACUCCGGCGGUUCUCCUUCGCUUCAGGACUUUGGUCACCAUGCUGGUUACUACAAACUUCCUAACUCAAAAGCAGCCAGGAUGUUCUAUUUCUUCUUCGAGUCAAGAAGCAACAAAGCCGAUCCUGUGGUGAUUUGGCUAACCGGUGGACCCGGUUGCAGCAGCGAACUGGCUCUGUUCUAUGAGAACGGACCGUUCACCGUCUCCAACAACUCUUCUCUUGCUUGGAACGAUUUCGGUUGGGACAAGGCGUCAAAUCUAAUCUACGUGGACCAACCGGUAGGGACUGGUUUUAGUUAUACAUCGGACGAAAGUGAUCUCCGACAUGAUGAGGAUGGUGUCAGUAAUGACCUUUACGACUUCUUACAGGCAUUUUUCAAAGAACAUCCACAAUUCGUGAAGAAUGAUUUUUACAUAACCGGUGAAUCCUACGCCGGACAUUACAUUCCGGCAUUGGCUUCAAGAGUUCACCGUGGAAACAAGAACAAGGAAGGAACUCACAUCAACCUUAAGGGAUUUGCGAUUGGUAACGGUUUGACCAACCCGGAGAUCCAAUAUGCUGCAUACGCGGAUUACGCGCUCGACAUGAAGUUGAUCUCACAAUCUGAUCACGAUAACCUCAACCGUGAUUACGAAUCUUGUCAACAAUCCAUCAAAGAAUGCAGCGCUGAUGGAAGUGAUGAAGCUUGUGCGUCUUCUUACAUUGUAUGCAACAACAUAUUCCAAAAGAUCAUGAAUAUCGCUGGAAACGUAAACUACUACGACGUGAGGAAACAAUGCAAAGGAAGCUUGUGCUAUGAUUUCUCGAACAUGGAGAAGUUCUUGAACCAGAGAUCCGUCCGCACGGCAUUAGGUGUUGGAGAUAUCAAGUUUGUGUCAUGCAGUACCGCCGUCUAUGAUGCAAUGCAGCUGGAUUGGAUGAAGAAUCUUGAGGUCGGGAUUCCCGCUCUGCUCGAAGAUGGAAUCAAGAUGCUUAUCUAUGCUGGAGAGUACGAUCUCAUCUGCAAUUGGCUCGGAAACUCGAAAUGGGUUCACGAGAUGGAAUGGUCAGGGCGAAAAGAGUUUGUAGCAGCUGCAACGGUUCCAUUCAAUGUAGAUAAUAAAGAAGCCGGUUUAAUGAAGAACCACGGUUCACUCACUUUCCUCAAGGUCCACGAUGCUGGACACAUGGUUCCAAUGGAUCAGCCAAAAGCAGCAUUGCAAAUGCUCAAGGAUUGGAUGCAAGGAAAGCUCGGUACACCCACCGGUCGGACCGCUCGCCAGUGAUUUCAUUUCUUCUCAACAUCAGAGAUUCCAAACACCAAACAGAUUGUACUCUUGUUACGUAUCUAGAUCAUCAUUUUUAACUUAUAUAAGUAAACUAAAUAAUAUAUACCCUUGUGAAUUAUUUCUAUGAAUACACAGGAAACUUCAUUUU